GCCAAACAAGGGGGCGAGGCAGGGGUGUGGCCUCCUGGUGGGUGGAACCUCGUCCCUAUGGCAACGGGGGCGGGUCCAGUCCCCAUGGCAACGGGGGGCGGGGCCUCGGGGGCCGCCGGGAGCCGCCGUGCGGACCUCCCCGCAGGGAUGGAGGGGCGCGGGGAGGAGGCGCCAGAGGAGCCGGAGGCGUCUGAGCAAUCCGACGAGGAGGAGGAGGAGGAGGAGGAGGAGGAGGAGGAGGAGGAGGAGGUGGACGAAGGCUCCGGGGUGCGAGUGACGCCGGCGCUGCUCAAGGCCGCGACGGGCGAGUUCUCGCUGGAGUCCAUCCUGCUGCUGAGGCUGCGCGGCCGCGGCAUCGCUCACCUGGGCUGCCUGGCCGACUGCUCCAACCUGGAGUGGCUGGACCUGUCGGGCAACGCCAUCGCGGGGCUGGCGCCGCUGGCCGCGCUGCGCGCCCUGGCCGUGCUCAACCUGGCCGCCAACCGCGUGGCCAGCGUGGAGCCGCUGCGGGGCUGCCGCAGCCUGCGCCAGCUCAACCUGGCCGGCAACCGCCUGCGCAGCCUGCGCCAGCUGCGCUGCCUGCAGGGCCUGCGGCACCUGGAGAGCCUGCGCCUGCGGGACCCGCUGGGCAACCUGGCCAACCCGCUCUGCGCCGCGCCCGCCUACCGCGCCGCGCUGGCCGCCAUGCUGCCCGGCCUCAAGGCCAUCGACGGGCAGCGCGUGGCGGGCCGCGGCAGCGAGCUCUUCCGCCUGUGCCGCGAGCUGGACGCCGCGCUGGACGGGCAGGCCGCGCCCGCCGCGCCCGCCGAGCCCCCGCAGCCCUGGGUGCGCGCCGGCUUCUGGGAGCCGCGGCCGGCGCGGCGCAGCCUGGUGCUGGAGGAGGCCACGCGGCAGCUGGGCCAGGCCCUGCGCGAGUGCCGCGAGCUCGGCCGCCGCGCCGACGACUCCAUCGCACAGGCCCAGCGCGCGCUCGGCCGCCGCCAGCACGGAGACUUCGGCUUCUGAGCGCCCGGAGAGCCCGCGGCCUGCAGCCAGCGUGGGCUGAGCCGCGGGACCCCACGGUGGGAAUGGAGAACGCCCAGAGCCACCAUCAUCUGAGCCACAGGACCCCAAGAUGGGGCCAGGAGAACCCCCAGAGCCACCACUACCCAAAGCUGCCAUCAUCUGAGCCACAGGACCCCAGAAAUGGAGCCAGAGCCACCACAGCCCAGAGCUACCAUCGUCUGAGCCACAGGACCCCGAAAUGGGGCCAGAGCCACCACUACCCAAAGCUACCAUCAUCUGAGCCACAGGACCCCAGAAAUGGGGCCAGGAGAACCCCCAGAGCCACCCACACCCUGAGCUGUGGGACCCCAAAACCAGGGCUGGGAGCCCCUCGGUGCCACCCCCAAGUUCACUUCCUUCGCCAUGGGAGCCCAGAAAUGGGUCCAGGAAAGCCCCCAGAGCCCACACUGUCACUGUGAGACCCCCAGAGCCACCACAAGUCUGUCUCCUUCCUCCUGCGAGCUGUGGGACCCCCACACUGGAGCUGGGGCACCCCCAGAGCCACCCCAGCCCAGCAGAGGAUCCCCAGGGAGCACCAGAGGAGCCGUGGGGAGCCCAGCCUCGGCUGGGGGACAGCUCGGGGACAGGGGCCGUGGUGGCACUGUGCAUUAAACAUGUCCCACCCUCCAGUG